AUGCGUCUCUCAGGCCUACAGAAGGAGGUGCUGGCGCUGUAUCGCCAGUGUCUGCGCGAGUGCAGAAAGAAGCCUCAGAACACCCGCGCUCACUUUGAAAAGUUUGUGAGGGAUGAAUUCUCGCGCAACUUGGCCAUUGAGAAGCGCGACUUUGCCGCUAUCGAGUUCCUGCUCCGCAAAGGCCAUCGGCAACUCGACGUCUACUCUUCACCUGGUAUCAAGGAUAUCAGGUAA